GAAACCGGAAACCGGAAGUAGAGCAGCCUUCGAGUGGCGUGUUUGUGUUUGUCGGAGUUUGGGGGGAUCGUACAUUUUUCUGUUUUAAAUGUCGACGUUUAUUUGAGUGGACGAAUUUUGUGUAAAGUCUAAACACUGAAGGAAACAUCGGAGUCGAGUUAACCGAUGAGUUUGACUCUGAACCGGGAUCGUUGGUCGCAUUAGCCGCUGUUAGCUCACGGAGCGGUUCUGUGGGGAUGGGACGGGAUAGACCCCCGAUGGGACCCCCAGGCGAAGACGGGCCUCCCUUCGACAUGGGUCCACCUGGCUGGGGCCCUCCUCCCCCUGAGGGCUGGGGGCCUCCUCGACUGGGAGGCUGGGGCCCACCACAGCCUGAAGGAUGGCCUCGGCCGCCAGAUGAGUGGGGGCCUCACCCUCCGGGAGUAUGGGCUCCUCCGCCACCUGACUGGGAUCUGAGAGGACCUCCCCAUCCCGACUGGGGACCAAGAGGACCGCCACAGGGAUGGGGGCCUCAUCCCGACGACUGGUUGCCUCCUCCAGAAGACUGGAGACAUCUACACCCCGAAGACUGGAGACGUUUACACCCCGAAGACUGGAGACGUUUACACCCCGAAGACUGGAGACGCUUACACCCCGAAGACUGGAGACAUCUACACCCCGAAGACUGGGGACCUGAUCGGCCUCCCUCUGCGCCUGGCUGGGGACACCCGGGCUGGGGUCCUGAAGGUCCUCCUGAGCCGUGGGGACCUGAGGCUGGUCCUCCCGGACCUGUACCUCCUCUGGGCAUGCCUCCCCCACCCCCCGUGUCGAUGCCUCCUCCGGACCCUGCAGCCUUCGCACCAGUGGCCGUUCCUCCGGGGGCUCCUCCUGGAUGCGUCCCUCCAUACGGGUUCCCGGCCUUCCCUCCUCCCGGCUGGGCAGGAGAGACAAUCAUGGAGGAGCCGAUGCCCAACCCUCCGCCCGACCAGCCUGAGUGGAUUAAAGCGCUGAUUUCAGUUCCGCCCACUGAGUCGACUCAAGGUGACACAAAAAAAUCCACAGAGGAACCCGCUGACACAGAAACAACUGCAGCCACUGCCCCCGCCCCGAAACCUGAACCCAAACCUGAACCCAGUAAGGCUGGUCGGGCACUCGGCCUGCUGGGAAAACGCACGUUUGAUAAGCCUCCUCCUGGCAGGUCGACAGGGAUCAUCUCGUUCAUCGGGCCGACAUUCGGUUACAUCGAAAGAGAAGAUCUUGAGAAGUUCACCUUCAGCUUCGAAGCUUUCUUUGGAAACCCCAAAGCCAUGACGCCCGGGGUCAGAGUUCACUUCACCGGCUGUAAGGAGAAGAACAUUCUGAUUGCCACUGACGUUAAAGUGGCGCCAGGUGGGACGGAGAACGUGGACUCAGAGAUCUACGAGGCCGUCGUCACUCAGCCAAUCGUGGAGCCUCAGCCCGGCGAGCGUCAGUACCCAGGUCAGGUUCACGUGAACAUCGGACCUCUGAGGACCAACCUGACUUUUGACAGGAAGGAUAGCGCGGUGACGCUGUUGAAGAAUGACCAGGUGCUCAUCAACCUGCUGAUGGACAUUGUGACGGAGAAGCGGCGAGCAACCAACAUCAAACCCAAAAUACCUGCCACCUUUAGCCACACCAACGAGACCAGGGAGAAGGGUGUCAUCAUCAGCUUGAAAGAUAACAAAGGCACCAUCAAGUCUGAGGAACACGACGAGCUUCCCUUUGUCAUCAAGGAAAACUUCAGUGACGUGGAGUUCACCACCGAGGACAUCAACGAGGAGGUGGAGUUCAGCGUCGUCACGCUCAUUACAGGAAAGCACGCAGUGAGGAUCCGCCGUGUGAAGGAGCCGCUCCUCCUGAUGCUCUCCACAGCCAAGGAGAACUCUGAGGUUGAAAAUGGCAACAAUGAGAGCAACAGAGAGUUUUUGAAGACUUCCAGAGGAAGAGCCAAUCUCGAGCUGGGGCCUCACAUGUGGCUGGACACGGAGCUGUAUGAGGGCAUCGUCAGUCAGCCAAUCAUCGAGCCCACGCCCGUCUUGCCAGGUUACCCGGGACAGAUCCACGCCAACAUCGGCCCCGUUAGGACCAACGUGACCUUCAGCCACCGGGACUGUGGCGUGACGCUCCUGAAGAAUGACCACGUGCUGAUCAACCUGCUGGUCGACAUGGCAACAAGAAAGAAGAGAGCGGCAAACAUCAAACCCAAAAUCCCUUUCACCUUCAGCUACACAAAAGAGACAAGACAGCUGGGCAUCAUCACUUAUCUUGGCUCUGAAGAAGGAAUCGUGAACACUGACGACCAUGAAGAGCUUCCCUUCGACGUCUGUGAGAACUUCAGCGACAGCGAGUUCAACAGCAGCGACAUCCACAAGCAGGUGGAGUUCACCACCACCCUGAUAAACAUGAAAAGGAGAGCAAUCAGGCUGCGGAGGACGAAGAGGGUGGAGGACAAAAUCCUGGAGGAGCAGAAGCGACGGGAGGAAGAGGAGAAGAAGAAGAAGAAGUGUGAGGAAGAGGAGAAGAAGAAACGGGAGGAGGAUGAGAGGAUGAGGAGGAGGGAGGAGGAGGAGAAAGAGAGAGAGGCUGAAAGAAGGAAGAAGGAGGAUGUGGCAGCGGCGCUGGCAUCAGCCAAAGACAAGUGGACGCCACUCGGCUUCACCACGAGACACCCUGGCUCCAUGGACGCCAUCAGCAAGGAGCGAUUCGAAGGAACCGUCCUACGAGCCAUUUCUAAAAUCCCUCGUAAGGAGAUGAAGAAGGAGGAACCGACGCAAUCAGCAGAAGCAGCAGCAGGAGGAGGAGGAGGAAGUUCUGAGGACGGACACACGCUCCUUGCUCAGGUGGAAAUAAAAGUUGAGAAAACAGAUGAAGAUGAGAAAGAAGAGGCAGAAGAAAAAGCUGAUGGAGAGAAGGGAAAGCUGGAGGUGAAGAAGGAUCAGCCAACUGACAUCAGGGGCGGAGUCAAACCUCAACAGGAAAUGGGUCGACUGGUGAUGACGGUCGAUGGUCAACAGAAACAACUUCCUUUCAGUCCCAGUGACCUGCUGUCGUCUGCCACCAUGCUGGACGGAGACAAGGUGCGUUUCAACAUGGCCACCAAUCGAGAGACCAAAGAGGAGCGAGCAACCUUCGUGGAGAUUCUCCCGGAUUCCUUCGAAGAGUCGACAGAACAACGUCGACAUGGCAUUGUGAUCGAGUUUUCUGCCGAUUCUGGAAUGAUCAAGUGCAGUCAGAACCCACAGCUCUUCUUCCGCAUGGCUGAGGUGAUCGAGAAGAAGAAACUGGAGCUGAACGAAAAGGUUGAGUUCAGCGUUGUUCCGCAUGAGACAGCAGAGGGGGGGACUCAGGCCAUCAGGAUCAGACGUCAUACAGAGAGUGUUUUCCUCCCUGUUCGCAAACUUGGUGGUGUCGGAGCAAACAAAGGAAAAAUGACCAUAAAGCUGACAAAAGCUUCAGAAGAGACUGAGAAGGAAAAACCAGAGACAGACAAGCUGAAGGCGGUGGUGAAAAGUCUUAGAGCGCAGGACAGUAAGACUGGUACUGGCAGACGGGAUCCCAGCGCCAGUCGGCGUCGAUAUGGCAGAAGUAGGAGCAGGAGCAAGAGUCCAGCCAGAGACCAGUUUGGACGCAUCAUCAAAAGGAGACGCAGCCCCAGUCCCGACCGCGACCGUAAAAGCAGCAGGCACAGGAGAAGCAAAAGUCGUACGAAAAGCCGAAGCAAGAGCUCAAGCAGGAGCCGCAGCAGGAGUCACAGUAGGAGCAGGGAUAGGAGCAAGGACAGGGCCUUCAAGAAGAGGAGCAAGACCAGCAAAGAGCGUGAGGAAGGUCACAAGAGGAGGAGGGUACUGAGCCCUCCUCCCAGACGUGGAGUCGUCGAUGAUGAGCUGGCGAGGAAGAAGCGAGAGCUGGAGGAGCUGAACGAGAUGAUCGCCUACAAAAAGUCACUGGUGGAAAUAGACCCCAGUGGAUUGGAGCCUGGACAGAGGACCUGCAUUGACUAUGACCAUGGCAGGAUUGCCAUGCCGCUCGCUGAAUACAAACCAGUCCGGUCCAUCCUGAAGAAACGACCCGAAGGACCUGAGCACCACCAUCGUCCUCCUCAGCCCUAUGAUGAUCCGUAUUAUGAUCGACCAUACAGUCCUUACCAAGAUCGGCAGUACAGUGAGCGUGGUGAUCUGUUCCCCGGCCGUGCCUACGCUGAUCGCCCUUACAGUAAUCCUCCAUACAGCAACCAUCCAUACGAUGACCGCCCUUAUGUGAGUCGGCACUAUGUUGAACCUCCAUGUGGUCCCGCUCCGUCUGCCAGCCACCGCUACACUGAUCGCUAUGAUGUUUAUGAUGAAGCCUAUGACCAUCGCAGCCAUGACCCAGCACGUGCGGACCAACCUUACAGUGAUCAGUAUAGACCUGUGAACCAGAGCCAGUCUCCAGGUUACCAUGAUCCAUCACCCUCUACACUGUCACCUGCCUCCACCCAAGCCUCUCUGACUCAUUCUUCAUUUUCCCAACCUUCGUUCAGACCUUCUUCUCCCACAGAACCACCUCCUACAAGCCCAUCGCCAAAUCUGAAGAACACAACGCCACCACCAGCCGAGAAACCACCCCUGGACCGUUUCCUUGACAUGCUCAAUAAAAAGGUGGGCAAUGAACAAAGAUCCGAACCAAUUCAUGUUAAUGAUGACUUACUGCCUCAUGAGCGGGCACUUCAAGAUGGUGGUGGGUUUUCUCGGAUUGUGGGAUUGGCUCAAAAUCAACCCAGCAGCAGUCGAGCUCCAGAAGGGCAAAAGAAACAACCAAGUCCUAAACAUGCAUCACUGGAGAGAACAAGUGAGGAAUUAAAGAGCAAGACAGAACCCUACGACAAGAUCCAGAGUCUUCUUCGUACGAUUGGUCUGAAGUUGAGUACAGGAGACAUGUCCAAGCUAGCGAGCCGAGCUCAAGAGAAAAUCUACGGCUCAAAGUCCUCAUCCACAGAAAGAGAGGAUUCAAGGGAACAACUGCAAACACGUAGAUUAAGUUCUGUUGAAUCGGAUCACAUCAACACACCCUCUCCUGUCAGAUCCUCAAGUUUGGAGCCACUCAGCAGAGAGUGUAAAGCUGUCUCAGAGUAUGAAGAAUUCCUGGACCAGCAGGAGCUGGAGGCGCUUAAGAAGGCGCGACAGUUGCAGAGUCUUACCAAGACUAUGGGGAGUACCCUCUCAACCACUUCUCCCAGACCACCCCCUGGGCCCCCACCUGCUCAAUACCAACGUCCACCUGUACCUAUAAACUGGCCACUUGGAGUCACCACCCACGUUCCUCCAGAAAAGAGCUCCACAACCGCCAACACAGGUGCUCCAACAGCUGGUCCACCACCCCAGAGAUUUGGAUUUCCUCCAGGACCGCCUCCUGGACCUCCUCCGCGACGCCCCUCUGGACAACCGCCUUUUGUUCCACCCUCCAAUCAUAAAGUCUUUUCUUUUAUUGGCCAGCCUUCUACAGCCAAUGACUCCAGUCCUCCACAGACUUUAACAAGUGCCACGAUAACACAAACACCACUCUCCUCAUCUCCUGCUGGGGAUGACCAAUCAGCCAUCUCUACAACAGUAGCCAGGUGCCUGAAGGUCAUAGAGACAGUGAAGUCUCUGGCUGUGCAGACUUCAUCUAAACCAGUGAAAUCCGUUCAGUUCAGUUUACCCACAGAAUCUCCAUCUGCCUCCAGUCCUCAGACCACAGGAAACUCAGAGGAUGACAUCAAGGCAAAGCAGAGGGAGAAGCUGGAUUUGUACAACCAGAGGAUUUCGGAGAAAAGGGAGCAGCAGUUCCAGGAGAUGAAAACCUGGAAGAGAAUAGGAGACAGGAACAAGGACGGCACACUGAUCCCUCAAGAAAUUUAAGACGUGUCAAUAUAAUGACGAUAGAACUCAUCCCCUCCAUGAGAAAGAGAAUAGUGCUGCGCCGAACCAAUCAUGUGGCUGGAAUAGAGAUGAACCCACAUCCAGUUAGGUUGACGCACACAGAGCGGAGGAGCAGCACACAUGUUAACCCUUCUGCAUAGAGGUGGACAACUCCGCACAGUGGCUGCACUCACUCAACACUUUAACAAUAAACAUCAUCGCUAAUCACAAGGUAUGAGGACACGUACAGGACUGACGUUUACUUUGUGUUUGUUUGAUUCUUUAGAGUUUAUGACACACACCCGGAGUCAUUAUCCGACAUCAUCGAUUAAUAACUAAAUACUUGUGAUUAUCAGUUUGUGUGUGACAAGCAGACACAUUCGCACAAAUUCACACACACUUGAGUUCAUCAGUUUUUAUCAAAAUCAGUUGUUAGUGUGAUGAUUAGAAAACAUCAGAGGAGCAGAAUCACUUGUUGACCAGCGGAGAAAUGCUCCUCAGUGACUCUGACUCAAGGUGAGGGACAAAAUGAAGCUGCAUUGAUGACCACACCUCGAGAAUUCAGUUGUGACAGUAGCAGGCUCGUCAGAGUGAGGUAGACACGAGAAUAAAGAAAUAUAAAAACGCAAUAGAAUAAAAAAUGUAAUUCAAAUAAUUUGUAUUAAUUAAUUAAUAUAUUACAUUAUAUUCACCUUUUCACUGUAGUGGUUUGUAAGAAACGUAAUAAGUUAAUUUCAGUGGCACAGGAGUGGACGAGCAAGUGAAAUCUGUUUUGUUCAUAAGAAAUAAUGUUUUCACAUAAGAACACUGUACAUUAACACAAGUGUACAAAAA